AUGGCGGAGUUAUUAGAUAACAAAUAUUUGUUAUCAGAAGAGGACUUAAAUCUGUGUGUGUCUUCCUGUUUUCUUUUAGAAGCAGCAAUCAUUUUAAUGAUGAAUGCAAAGAUAGGCAAUGAAUCCUCUGUCCCUGAAUUUCUACUCCUGGAGUUUUCAGCUGUACGGGAACUGCAGAUUCUACACUUCUCUCUCUUCCUGGUAUUGUACCUGGCAAUUGUAUUUGGGAAUCUUCUCAUCAUCUCUGCCAUAGCUUUUGACCACCACCUUCACACCCCCAUGUACUUCUUUCUGAUGAACUUGGCCAUACUGGACCUAGGGGCUGUUUCAGUCACCAUCCCCAAAUCCAUGGCCAAUUCUCUCAUGAAUAUCAGACACAUAUCUUAUGCUGGAUGUGUUGCUCAAGUGCUUUUAUUAUUUUUCUUUUUAUCAUCCGAUACUGCCCUUCUUACAGUCAUGGCAUAUGAUCGCUAUGUUGCCGUUUGCAAUCCAUUACAAUAUGAAAUGGUGAUGAACAGGGCAGCCUGCAAACAAAUGGUUGCUGGUGUGUGGGUUGCUGGAAUUUUCAAUGCAGUCAUGCACACUAGUACAACUUUUGCAACCCCUUUCUGCUCAAACAUUGUCAAUCAGUUUUUCUGUGAGAUCCCACAGUUACUUACACUUGCCUGCUCUAAUUUAUACCUUACAGAAAUUGGAGUCUUGUUGGUGAGCAUAACAUUUGUGUUUGGAUGUUUUGUCUUCAUCGUUGUCACUUAUGUGCACAUCUUUACUGUUGUUCUGAAUGUUCCAUCUGUUCAGGGAAGGAAAAAGGCUUUCUCCACUUGCAUACCUCACCUUGUUGUCUUCUUCUUAUUUAGUUUCACAGGAUGUUUUGCUUACCUUAGGCCUCCUUCAAAAACUCCAUCUGAUGGUGACUUCGCAAUAACUGUGAUAUAUACCAUUGUACCACCCAUGUUCAAUCCAAUAAUUUACAGCAUGAGAAAUAAAGAGAUUAAAAAUGCUGUAUCAAAACUCUUGGGUGUGAAGCACUCUUCUAUGAGUAUCUUUUCCAGGCUUUUCCUGAAAAGGUUCCAUUUCUCUCUGUAG